AUGACCAACGUUCAAAUAGGUCCCGUGUUCAAGGGUCACGCACCGCAGAAGGAGCGUCUUCCGCCCGAAGGCGAUUCCCAUGCAGCACCUUGGACAGGGUUCGCGGGCUCCCUUCCGACUCCCCUCACUAACUCUCUUCUACGGACAAAAAGGUCCAAAGAAUCGUUAAACGGUUACUCCCCUGAAUACAACUCCAUCAAGUCAACUGGGACGAAAAGAGAGACGUUAUUCAACACAGGACAUUUGUGCAAAAAGUGCAUCUCUCAUUUCAAUGUCUUCAAAAGGCAAGCGUUAAAACAAGUAAUUGACGGAAAUCAUUCUACCAAAGAUCCCAAAGUUUUCAUUCAUCUUUAUGAGAGCAUGAAACCACCUGCUAGUACUGUAGAAGUCUGGGGCAAUGUGGACGGACGCUGUGGCGUCUGCUUCACUCACUUUAGCCAGCUGAAGCAGGAGGCUAUCCGCACGAUCCUCACCCAGGACCGGGCCAUAUGGGCUCCACCUACCACUGCCAACAUCCCAUCCACAAGCCUGAACUUAGGCUCACAAACGCUCCCCAGAACCUCAAGCCACCGAUCUGUUGUCUCAGACCCCCAUCAGAGGCCCAGCAAUGCACCACCGGAUUGCUGGAUUAAAGGACAUCAACAUUUGAAGGCCCUGCAUCCCCUGUCUUCAUGCAAAGGAAACAAUUCAAUGUCUCAAAAGUCGUCCCAGAGUCCUUUGCAUGCAGGGAAGGUGAAUGAGAAGGAAAAUGUGACCUCUACAGCACUAUGCAACUACGGCGCAACACAGCCAAUGCGUUCUUCCAGUAUGUCCUCUCUGCUACCUGCAGGAACAUCUGCUGCCUUGUCUUUCUUUGUCAGGGCAGCACAGAAGUUGAAUGUAAUGGUUAGAAGAGGAAGGCAGUUCUCAGAGAGCAGUGCUUCCCAACGCAUGACAAACUUCAGUAGUCUUUUGCAGAAAUCUCCUCCUCCAACACCAGCAAACAUUUUUCAAGCUGCUAGUAAGAGCAAAGAAACACCUGGGAUGGGGAAGGUCAAAGUGAUGCUGCGAGUGUGCUCGGUUCCUAUGUCUGACCCGUCUCAGUCCUACUCUUUCAAACUGGACCCGUACAAGAAACAGAUCACAGUGCUUAAUGUACCCACCUUCAACCCUCAGAGACUGACUGCUGGAACUACAGUCUCCUCAAAGACUUUCACCUUUGAUGCUGCCUUUGGCCCUGAUUCAACCCAGGAAGACGUUUGUGAGAACAGCUUGUGUGAAGUGCUCCAGUGUGUGCUUGCAGGAGCUGAUGGUUGCAUCCUAAGCUUUGGACAAACCAGUGUGGGAAUGUCUUACACAAUAAUUGGACACGAUGGUUGCACUCAAAGCCUUGGAGUCAUUCCUUGUGCUAUAUCUUGGCUUUUCAAGCUCAUUAACAAAAAGAAAGACAAGACAUGGGCAAACAUCUCAGUUUCCGUGUCAGCUGUAGAGGUCUGUGGGGAAAACAAUGCCAUCAGAGAUUUACUCUCCGAUGUUGACACAGACAACUGCAAGAUGAACUAUAAACCAGAUGCUUACUUCAAAGAGGACGCCGUCUAUGGAGUACAGCCUUACAACCACAGUGUACUUAAUGCUCCAACUCCAGAAAGAGCAGCUUUCCUACUAGAUGCAGCUCUUGCAUCUCGCAGUGGGAUGGUGGACAGUGGAGGGAGGCCACCACAUUGUUGUCACAUGUUCUUCACCCUCCAUGUUCGCCAACAGCACAUAGGAAGCAGCACUAAAUCUGGGAUGAAUGUGGAUCAAAGCAAGCUGAGCCUGAUUGAUUUAGGGAGCUGUGUGGGGGAGAGGGAAGAAAGCAACUGUGGAGUCUGCCUCGCUGAACUUGGAAACUUUAUCACAGCCAAUCUCAACAGGCAUAAUAACGUCCCAAAUAGGGGAAGUAAAUUAGCAAUGCUUUUGCAAGACUCUCUGAGCAAUGUCAACUGCUCCACUACAAUUAUUGCCCAUAUAUCCACCUUGUCUGAAGACCUUACAGAAAGCCUUUGUACGAUGCAGACAGUGACUCGGAUGCGAAGUCAGAAAAAGAAGAUAAGGAAACCUUCCUCAAGCUCACCUGGAGGAAGAAGCUUGGGCAACGAGAGGAAAUGUAAUAAGUCCACUAAGCUAAGAUUCCAAUCUACAGGGACGCUGGAUCAAGAUCUCUCCUCUCCUGGUUUCUCUAGUGAUCCAGCAUUUUACCCUGGGAGUGAUAAGUCUUGUGAUACCAUUAGUUCCGUGGAUCCUUCUGGCCUCCUAGAUAAAGAAGUUACAAAUAGAAGCAGAGAGGUUUUGCCUAUUAUUCCUUCCUUAUUCAAGAGCAAACUGGAGUCCAAGAAGCUCUCGUUGAUGAAGUUUUGUGAAAUCUCUCCACCAGUUGACAAUCACAUGAAGCAGAUAUCAAAAGAAAAGGCUAAAGAAGAGGCAACACCUACAAUAUUGCUAGAUAAAUCAGAUUUUGAGUGUCUGAAGUGCAACACAUUUGCAGAACUCCAGAAUCGACUGGGAAACAUAGAUGGAACAGAAUUGGAUCAAUGCAAAAAUCAGGAAGUGAACACUUUGAGCAAAUUACCUCACUUAAGCCAUACCAAGAAGCAAUCCAAUUCAUUGGACAUUCAAGCAUCAAACAACAGAGAAUCCAAUAGCACCAGACAAGGAAACUCCUCAAAAGCAUUUUCGAUAAUUCACAACAGUGAAGAAAUUCCAAGUACCGCCAGUUCUCCGAUUAUUCAGAAAUGUCCGUCACAGUUAGAUAUCGUCAAACCGAUCGAUCCCAUGCUGUCUAGCCAAUCUCCAAGCAAAUCUCAGCUUCAUAAUAAAAUAACGAAUGUGAUGCCCACUGCACUAUCUUUGAAAUUGGAAGACCAAGGUAAAAUGAGAUUAUUGGAUGAUUCCACAUUGCAAUCUCAGACUCGAAUUUCUCCCAUCGGCAAGAGUUCUCAGAAAUCUACCUCAUCCUCUUCUUUUUCAUCAUCCCUAUCUUCUAGUUCGAGCUCACCACCGGCUGUUUCUGCCUUUUUGAAUGGAGACAUUUCAAAUUGUACAGGAAAAAAACAGAGAGAGAUGCGGGCCACCAUCACUGUGACUGUUCAGAAGCCGCUGGAUCUUAAUGGACAUGAUGAGCUUGUGUAUUCCGUGGUUGAGGAGGUGACAAUAAAUGGGGCCACUGAGCAAGGAAAGGCACAAAUAUUAAGUAUUCAUGAGUCCCACUCUCUCCAGGCUCUAACGCCAGGAAGUCAGUCUGUCAGGAUUAUCGGCAGCAUAGGUGAAGAACAAAUAGCAAAUUAUUAUAGUUCCAACUCUAAUGCACAGACUUCAGAGAAUGAAGUCUCCACGGCCUCAUCAGAUGGAGCUGUGAAACACACAAAAACCAAUGCUCAUGCUGACAAGGCAAGUGACUUCAUUGAUUCUAAAAACCUGCCGCAGCAUGAUACUUGGCCUGAGGUGGCCCUGACUAAAGAUGUGAAGGAGAUACCUAAAGGAGCCAUUGUUAAACUUGACCCCCCCUGUGAGGUCUCCAAGUCUGGAAAAUAUGCUUGUGAAUUUAAACCUGAGCAGAGUUGGAUGUGCCAAAACAACAAAAAAGAUGUCAAGGAUGUCCCUCAAAUGAAAACAGAACAAAAGAACCCACAUAGUCCAAGAGAAACUUAUGAGAAGAAACAGUAUACCCAGAAAGACAGUCUUGUGGAAUGGACCAAAGACAAUUUGCCAUCAACGUCAACAAAUAGUCCUAAUCUCAAGAGAAAAGAGAGGAAAGACGAAUCUGGAAUAGCAGGAAGUGCAAUGCUAAACCUGGCUACUGAAACUAAGACCAACACUAAAUCAAAUUUUGAGGAGAGCAGCAAGUUGCUCAAUGCAAAACUGAAAACAUUAUCCAGCAGGAGCCAAACUUGGGAUCAUAGUAAGAGCGGGCGCUCAACAGGAAGCUUGGAAAGUCAUUCUAGCUCAAGACUUAAAAGCAAAUUCCUCGAAGAGACUGAUUUUAUCGAUAUGGCUCGGAAAGGCCUUUUAGAUGAAGACUAUAUUUCAGCUCAACCCAGCCCUCUAGGUUUUAAAGAAGACUUUGAGGACUUCGUAAGGUGUCGAGCUAGUCAGAGUCUAGGGAGGGUUCCACAGUUCUUUCCAAUGCAUGAUGUCAAUUAUGCAACCCGGCCAUUUAAAAACGGUCACCCUAAGAGCACAUCAGUUAAUAAAUUCAUGCCCAGUUCGAAGAUCCACAAGAUGCCAAUCUUGUCCCCAAAACCCACUAGACACUCAAUCAACAGGAGCUCAAGCUUUUCUCCUAAUGGCGCACCAGUCAGCCAAAGCUGCUGGUCUACACUCUCCCUAUCCCGAAGUCAAGACAACGGUGGUUUGAAGUCACCCAAUGCAGUCCGGAAAGGAAGAGCUGAGCUUUUAAGAAACAGUAGAGACUCGCUUUCUGCUUUUAGUCAAGGUGGGUCUGAUUUAGAUGAAUGUGAGGAACUGGGGACCAUGAAACCUUUUGUUCACACAGUGCCGUCCCCGUAUAGCCGGAUCACAGCUCCACGAACACCACACCAUUGCAGCGGCCAUGCCAGUGAUACCACCAGUGUUCUCAGUGGAGAGAUGCCUCCUGCCAUGUGUAAAACAGCUUUACUCUAUAACAGGGGCAGUAUGGUCAGUAGCGGCUAUGAAAGCAUGCUUAGAGACAGUGAAGCUACUGUCAGCAGCAGUUCAACGCACAACUCCAUCAGCGAUCAGACCUGCUCGCUCGGUGCUACUAAAGGCAUGAGAAGUACCAAGAAAAGAACCAACAUAGGGGCCAGUCUAAGAUGUCCAUCCCAAGACAACCUCCUGUCGCUGAAGAGAUCCGUCAGUGGGCCCAAAACGCACCGGGUGGAUCGGGGUGGUUCCGACUCUUAUGAAAUUAAAGUCUAUGAGAUUGAUAAUGUAGAUGGCGUACAGAAGAGAGGUGGGGCAGGGAACAAGGUGAGGUUCAAAAUGUGUCAAUGAAAAAAAUCGUCUGUCUGCUUUGUAUUUCAUUUACAAACUGCUGUCUUUGUAUAGUCCAUUAAAUUGGUAGUGCUUGAUUCAACUCUUACAGUUUUCUGAAUUACUUAGACACAAAAUCUGUUAUUUAGCCAGUUAACUUGACUUGCAACACUGUUGUCUAUAAGUAAAGGCUGGCAUAUCUUACACAGCUUUCACCUAGAUUUUUGUCCCGAUUUGCAGUCUGGAGGAGAAUGUUAGUUGGCAACUCUCAAAGCAGUCAGAGUUUGUUUAUAAUAAUUUUAAAAGUCAUGUAGUGUAUUCCAGUCUUGAGACUAAUUUCUCA